CAAUAAACACGCAGUCAGUUUACAUUUAGAUCGGGUCAUCAUAUUUAAACAAACCCUCACAUACCAUCCACUCUUAUUUAUAAUUAUAAUAGAGCCACAAAGAGACGAGUUAUUAAUGAGGAUAAAUCACAAAAUAAAACUUGUGUUGUUAUUUGUCAAAAGGCCAAUUCCCUGGUGACUCAAAGGGGAGGGGACAUACCAAGCACAAAAAGUUCUAUUCAAAACAGGACAUAGGCUCUAUUUACUAUAUCUGGCACAGUGGGCUGUAUAACCACAAGGCCAUCUUGUUUAAUCCUUUACAAUCAAAUCAUUUUUCCCUGUUUUUCACUGCCAGUCAGUUUAUCCUCCAGAUGACCUUAAAUAUCUUCAUUCCAACUCUACAAAACACAGCUGAUAUUACAUUAUUUUGUCAAAGUGCAAUAUAUUAAAAUACAUUUAGAAAAUUGGAUAAUAUAACAUUGACAGAGUACACAGAGCUGCUCAAACAAUUAAUAAUGAUUAAAGAUUUAAAGGUGUAAGCUGGUUUGCAGGGAGAGCACACUAAAAAGAAAAUCUGUGAUUCUGUGUGACCAACACAAAGUCACGCAACAACACAAACGUAACUAUUCCAAAACUUCUUUCUCCUGAUCAUCGCAGGAGCCUAAGACGAAGCAUUUCCUCCUCUGUCUUAUUUAUUCACUUCUUCUCCUGAUGAUUUCUUUUUACUUCCAGCAUCUGUAUGAAAGACGCUGCUUGACUUAAAUCCCACUGGUAGUGAGAUAUGAGACGGAGUCAGGGUAACAAAACAAAAAAUAGGUGAGAAAAUCAAAACUAACAAGAAAUGUUUGAAUCCUGUUGUGGGAGCUAUUGUGUUACCUUAUGUGUGCUGCUAGGGGUCACUUUUUGUGUUUUAUAGUAUGGUGUGUUUAUGGGACUGUAUUUAACCCGUUUUGCCCCACUGGCAACAAUUGUUGCCAAAGUUUAUCACUGUCAUUUUCGACUCACAAUAAAAAAUCUCAAAGGUACUAAUGCAACUUUUUCCACUUAUAUGCUAGUAGACAACUUAGACAAAGGUUUUGAUUUUUAAAAAAUCGUUUCCAAGUGCUUCCUAUCGCAUGACAUCAUCUGCUUCCCGCUCUUUCUGGCUGAAGACAUGGCGGAUGCAAAUCAUCCUGGAAAGAGGUAAUUUUCAUAAAUUUCUUAUGACUUUCCCCCCAAACAUAUUUAUAAUUAUUUAAUCAUUCAAGUCUCUAGAGUAACCCUCCCCAAAAAAAUUGUACCUAGGAUAAAUAUUUUUUUGUUCAUGGGCUUAUUUCUGUGAGUGGCAACAAAAGUUGCCAGUGGGCACAUAGCAUGUCGCUAACUAAAGGAAAACACUGUCUGCAGGAUUGCUCCUAAUUUACUUAUUUUAAAAUUGUAGAAUGAUGUACAAUGGCUCAUUUUAGUCCUUUUAGAAUAAUUCCUAGCUAAAUAAAUUCACAUUUUUAAGCAUCUAAAUGACAUCAACAACGCAAUCCCGAUAGCAGAACAUGUGGCAGUAGAUGAGAUGAUGAUUGAGUAUUUUGGAAGGCAUGGGUGCAAACAGUUUAUUAGAGGGAAGCCUAUUCGUUUUGGGUAUAAAAUAUGGAGCUUAGCAUCCUCCUCCGGGUUUGUCCAUCAGAUGGAGCCAUAUGUAGGAAGCCACACACAUCUGGUGGAAACUGGACUUGGUCAGGGUCCAAGUGUGGUUCUUGGCCUGGCAGAGAAAGCUGAAGUGCCACCUGGAGUCAAGUUUUACCACGACAACCUCUUCACAACCCUGUCCCUGGUGGAUGAGAUGACCCUGAGAGGCUAUGGCAGCUGUGGCACGAUGCGACAAACUCAGCUCCAUAACGUUCCCUUCACAGCACCCCAGACCUUCAAGAAGACACCCAGAGGAGAUGCUGAGUAUCUGGUUGAGGCAGAGAAGCUGAUUGUAAGGUGGAAUGACAACAGCGUGGUCACCGUGGUGUCGAACAUGGAGAGGGAGUUCACCGAAACUGAGGCGAAGAGAUGGAAUAAACAGAAGCGGACUAUGGACAAGGUCAGACAGCCCAAGUGUAUCCAGGACUACAACACACACAUGGGAGGAGUGGACCUGCAUGACCAGUUUGUCAGCCGCUACAGAGUCAACAUCCGGUCCAAGAAGUGGUGGUGGCCAUGCUUCAGCUGGGCCCUGAACAGUGCCAUGGUGAACAGCUGGUGCUAUUACAGGUCCUGGAAAAGCGGGGAGAAGGAUCUCCUCUCCUUCCAGAGGCUGGUAGCCCAGACCCUCCUCCUGCGCCAUGGAACAAAGCCAAGUAGGCAGGGCAGAAGAUCUUCAAUGGCGGUGGCGAUAACUGAUGCCACCAGGUUUGAUAAUUUGAACCACUGGCCCUGCAACACUGGUAGCAGGUACAAGCGAUGCAAGAACUGCGGCGGACGCACAUCAUUUGCGUGUGGAAAGUGUGAUGUGCCACUACAUGUGGAGUGCUUCAAGAAGUACCACACUGAGUAGAACAUGCAUGAAAGAUGAUGGAAUGUAUGGGAAGAAAUAUGUUAUAUAUGUAUAUAUGUUUUUAGAGGUUCUAAGAAAAAAAUGUUUGUUGAGUUUUUGAGUAUAAAAAAAUUGAGAAUAAAGAAAUCAGUUCAAAUUGUUUGAUGUUUUGAAUUUUAUACAGGGGGAACCUGAGGCUCCACCUUUUUGUUAUUAUUUAUUAUGACUAUAUUAUUAUUUUGUUCUUAUUAUAUUAUUAUUAUUACUUCUCUAUUAUUAUUAUUAGGUGACAUUUGACCUAGUGACAAGCUGUGUGACUACUGGCAACAAUUGUUGCCAGUCAUAAAAAUGCUAUUUUCUUCAAAAAAAAAGUACAAAAUGGAAAAAAUAAAUACAUAACAUGAUUCAGAGGGACUCAACUGAUAAAAUGAUAUGCCUUACAACUCUGAAAAAAAUCUGGGCACAAACGGGUUAAGGUAGACACAUGUAAUUAGC